AUGUCGCAGCUAUUCCCCCAUGACUAUUCCGUGCCGCCGACUAACAAAAUCUCAUCGACAGCUGAGCGCUUUCCCUAUGAUGCCAAUCGACAUCUUACUCCACCACCCGCGACAGUCAAAGAAUACAACGAAUUCAAGCACAGGCUGGGCAUCACACAUUCCGUCCUAACGCACGGCCUCUCCUACGGGGCUGACUGCUCCUGUCUCACUGAUUUUACAUCCGACCUCGGACAAGAUGCGACCAAAGGAAUCGCCGUGAUUGAUCCCAGUACCGUCACAUCAACACAGCUAAAGGAGAUGCACAUUAACGGUAUUCGCGGCAUCAGAGUCAACAUGUACCGCUACGGCGCCAUGCACGACGUGGAGCGACAAAAGGAGGCACUGCGCGCCCACGCGCGCGCCCUGGAUACUCACUGCCUCGGCUGGAGCAUGGCGUUUACCCAUACACAUCCGGAGUUCUGGGCGGAGCUUGAGCCGGUCAUUGCGCGGGAGGUCGUGCCACGCGGCAUUCAGCUGGUGACGGAUCAUUUCGCGCUUCUCAAGGGCCAGAGUAUGCUGCCGGCUGGAUGCAAGGACAUCAUGCAGCAAACUGGGCUCCAGGAGGUGCUUGAGCUUGUCCGUGCAGGGUAUCUUUACGUCAAGAUUAGCGCGCCGUAUCGGGUGAGUACCCUGGCACCGGGGUAUGAGGAUCUUAGACCCUUGGUGCGGGCCCUACUUGAGGCAAAUCCACAGCAGGUUCUGUGGGGUAGUGAUUGGCCUCAUACGCCAUUGAUGAAGGUGCGGACGCGAGAAGAAGCGUUGCAGGUGACUCCAUACUUGGAGGUCGACGACCGGGCCUGGUUGGAGAGUCUCCAGUCAUGGCUCACCGAUCAGGAAUGGCAUAUGUUGAUGGUAUUGAAUCCCAGAAGACUCUAUGACCAAUAA